AUGUCACUUCAGAUUUACAAAUACAGUGGUAGUAAUAGUACUGAAGAAUUUAUUGGCGAAGCUAGAAACUGUGCGCCGUCAACUGCAUUUGCUAUUGCAAUUGCCAACUGCACUGGCUUUAGUGUAAAACUUGUGGGCAAGACAUGUGAGGAAAGCAAACUAUCUAGCACAGCUAUUACUACUUUUUACUACAGCACAAGAAUGGUGUCUGAAUCUCGUUUUGACGAUUGUCAGCAUUCAUCAUGUGGAGAUGCAGCAUGUUUUAGUGUUUCUAACAUUCGUAUGGGUUAUCGUUGUUAUUGCAAGAAAUGGUAUAAUGGGUCAUGUAUUCCAGCACCUCAAGCUACUACUAAGAAUGUCAAUAUCUGUAAUUGUCCACCUACAAAUUUUCUUGGAGAGAUAUGCUACUUGGAUGGUCACCACAACAUAAGUCAUUCGGAUAGUUCGAAAACAACUAACGUGAUCAUACAAACUCCAACACCCUUUGCUACAGCUAGAUCUGUUACUGCAACUAAACCUUCUGCAAGUCCUUUAAAAGUUGAAAGUGGGGGUAGUUCAGUAUCUAUAGCAGCAAUUGCAGCUGGUUUAGCCGGUGCUAUUGUCAUCAUAUUGGUGGUUGUUGUGAUAAUCAUACUUUAUCGCCGUCGGUUAAAGCAAUCGGAGAGCAGUCAACAGGCAUCUGAAAAAACAUCAGACGAUCUGCAGUUGAAUCCACUCUAUUGCGAAAGUGCAUUGCAGCAACAUCAGAUGGCUGAAAAUCUCUCAACGACUGCGUCUCAAAAAGAUUCUAGAGCAGACAAGAUGAAUAUACUUUAUGAAUCAGCAGAUCGGCUAGAAAGAACUGCGGCACGUGAGUCAGAGAACGUCAUUUACAACACGUGA